GUACAAUAGAGAGCCUAGUUUAACAUUGGUGUUACUUAACUCACGCGCUAUGAGCGUAGCUGUUUUUAUCGAUGGCACUGAUGCGAAACAAGUUACUGAGUUAAAAAGAUUUCUUAAGAGUUAUGGGGCCAAAGUGCUUGAUAACUCUGAGUGUACAGAUGCUAACUGGCCAGACGAGCUGAUUAAAUGCCUUAAAUACAUCGACAUCUGUUGGAAAGACGAAACUAUUGCUGAAGCUGAUGUCAAUGAUGUUUUAGCAAGUGUUGCCUCUAUUUUUAUCCAACUUCCACCUGAUAAAUUAAUUGAUGCGGUUCAUCUUUUUUGCGAAAAGUUACGUGAUUUUUCUGGUGAUAACACACGAAGACAUAGGAGCAAACUUUUCCCACUGAACCUUUUGUUUUGUGGACUUAAUCCCAAAAGUCAUCCCCGUUAUGAAAUAUAUCUUACUCUAAUUGAAUGUGCCGAAAAAAUGGGCGUUCUAAAUGAAGUGAUAACCGCACCAAAAAAAGUUGCUUAUUGGCUAAGUGAAUGUGAUUGCACAGUUGAGGAAUGCCAGAAAGUAUGGCAGAAGCUGUAUGAUGCACAUACUUCACUGGGUGAAAGUCGAAAAGCUAUUGAAGCCAUGAUAUAUCUCCUCUCAACCUACAAUGAACUAACUGCUAUGAAUGCCAGGCAAAAUGCAAUAAAAUGCAUCAUAUCUGUGUUGCAAGAUCCAUCUUUAUUAUCUCAUGAUCAAUUGUACGCUCUUAAACCAGUUCAAUAUCUGGAAGGUGAACCUGUUCAUGAUUUCUUUAAGAUAUUUGUCUCUGGAGAUCUGAAUACAUUCAGAAACUUCCUAACUAAACAUCCAAACUUUUUAAGUCAGAAUAAUCUAUCUGAAGAAGCUUGUAUUCACAAACUCCGACUUCUGACGUUAAUGCAGUUGUCUGAGAAUGUGAAUGAACUUAGUUAUCAAGAUGCAGCUGCUCAGUUGAAUCUCAAGAUUGAAGAGCUGGAGCCAUUUAUAAUAGAAGCUGUGCGCCAGAGAGCUGUUGCAUGUAAAUUAGAUCAAGUUCAAAAGAAAAUCCUAAUCACCGGAGCGUUUCCACGUACAUUUGGUCGACCUCAAUGGGUUAACUUACAUGAUACAUUGGUGCAAUGGCGAUCUCAUCUUGGUACUGUACAAUCUAGUUUAAGUAUGAUGAUUCAAAAUGAAUCUUCUUAAAUAAUUAUACCUAACCCAGUAGAAAAAGAGAGUUUUUGUGCCUUGGUUUUUGGUUUUUCUUAUCACUUUCGUUCAUGGGGAUAUUUUUAAUUGUUGUUAUGAAAUCGUAUUUUAUUUAAAAUGAGAUAACCACUGUUAUAUAUUUAAUAGCUUUAGUGAUUAUGCUCAUUCGUUCUUCAGCAAUGAUGUUUUCAGUUGUUGUAAUGGUAGCGAACUCUUAUCAUGCAGUUUAAUUAGUUUAAAAAAGUAAAAAGACAAUAUAUAAAUGGAAUAAUUUUAAGUUUAUUGCGUUGCUGGAGUGUGUUUUCUAGACAGCGUAUCUACCAGAAACUAGUGGUUUUAUCACAGUGCUCAAUCAUAUUUAGUCUCCAAGUUAUUUGUAUUGUAUCUAAUACAAAUUAUUUUGAUCUUCAUGCGAUUAUAUCAAAUAGAAAAUACAGUCUUAUGCAUAGCAUAUCAAUCAGUAACUGGCUCGACAAUUAGGUUUGGCUUUAUGGUCUAGAAAUUCGACGAAAGAUACCUAGUUUUCUGGUAUCUUUGAAACACUUGUCACAUAUAAUUAAACGAAAAAAUUAGUAAUGCCGAUGUUAAACGUAGGGUACUAGGUAAGGGUGGAAAGUCGUUUGGUGAGUUAGUAAAUAUUCAUCGACCAAGACAUUUGGGAUAUAUGUUAAGUAUGCACAACUACCGUCUACUUCGACGUUUGUCGCCGGCUGGUAUCGUCGAAUGCAAUAGAAUUUAACUGAAAACUAUAUAACUGGUAGGAGCGUGGCCUCUGCUUCGGGUUGGGCACUCGGGCAGCAUUCCACCUCCCACACAAAUCAAAUGGUGGUGUGGCGCAUAUAUAUUUGGUGCCUCCUUGUACCACUGUUUGUGUUCAAUAAAUAAAUAAAUGUACAUCGAUUAUUAUGACAGAUCUUUAAACUAUAUGCAUUAAAGUCAGAAGAUAGACAAUCAACUGGAGAUCGAUAUGUAUAAACCAGAAGUGCAGUGUGAGUAAUGUUUAUUUAUUAUUUGAACACAAAUAUUGGUACAAAGGGGUACCAGAUACAUAUGCGCCACACAAUAAGAAUGAGAAGAGAUAGAGAAUGUAAAGUGCGUUUAAGAAGAAGGAGACCAACAAAGAACAGAAAUUAGUGUCUAAUAGUGAGAUAAUAAUUGGAGAGGAAGUUCAGUUAGCAAAGAUACAACCAGAAAAUAUUCUUCUACUUAAAAAAGUUACGUCCAUCUUUUAUGAAGCAAGUUACAGCAGGAUCAUCACUGGCUUCUAUUCUGAGCCAUAUCUAAUGACGUCUCUAGCCACUGUGUUGCACCAUCUCUAAGACCCCAACCAGGGAGUCGUGAAAGAUCAGCAGAAGCCAGUCAUGUACGUCUUCCAUACCAUGACACCAUGUCACACACUAAUCACCUCACCGUUUAUUCUAACCCUUCCUAGCGUCGGUAUAUAGUGCACGACAUGGGAUUCUCUGGGACGACAUUCGUAGAACAUGUCCAAGCCACCGAAGUCGAUGCUUCAAGAUAGUAACACCAAUUGAAUUAUCGUCUUUGUGCCCCAACACACGAUGCCGAACCUCUGCAUUACUAACAUUGUGUUGCCACUGGAUGUCAGCAAUCCUCCGGAGACACUAUGUGAGUUGAUCUCAUCACUCACGCCACCACCAGCACUUAUGCAGCUACCUAGAUACACGAACUUCUCGACUACGUCUAUCUGCUCACUACCCAGGGUGAGUGCAAGACCAGGGUCCGGCGUCUUUUUAAAGUACUUUGCAACUCGAAGGUGCAAAGUACAUACUGUACCUACGAACACUAAUUGCCAGCUGAUUAAGUGCGGAUUGCAUGGUUUUGGCAUUGUCGCACAGUAAGACAAUAUCACCUGCAUACUCAAGGUUGAGAAGUCUUUCUCCAGGCAACAGAUCCAUACCGCUACUACUUACGUCUAUCAGAGCUGUUUUCAGAAUGUCAUCGGUGGCAAAGUUGAAGAGGAAUGGUGAGAUUGGGCAACCCUGUCUAACCCCAUUGCUCGAAUGAAACAAUGGAGAGAGGUGGUUGUAUGCCCUCACUCUGCCUGAGGUGUUUGUAUAUACAGCUUUUAGGAUGUUAGUAAAACUUCUCAGACACACCGCUCUUCAAUAGACAAUCCCAGAGAACAGUCCUGUCCAACGGAUCGAAGGUAGCCCUGAUGUCAAGAAACACUACGAUUGUUGGCCUUUGAUAAGUAUGGCGGUGUUCUAACAUUUGGCGGGGAGUGAAGAUAUGAUAAAUACAUCUUCGACCAGAACGAAAACCAGCCAGCUCCUCGUGAGUCAAUCUUUCUCGGGUUUUGAACAAUCUACGAAGUAUGACGGAAGCCAAUAGUUUGGAAGCAAUCGGAAGUAGACUUAUCCCUCGGUAGUUGAUACAGAAACGGCGUGAACCCUUUUUAAAGAUAGGGACAACUAUCGACUCAUUCCACGAUGUUAGAACACUCUAACUCCCAAUCUUUUGAAACAACGCAUUUAGUUCCUUGACUAGAAAGUCGUUGCCAUCUUUAAGAAGGGCUGGAGGUAAGUUAUCUGGGCCAGGUGAUUUGUAGCGCCUAAAGAACUGGAGUUCCUUGCGAACUUCCACCUCAUUUAGUGGAUCAGUCGUCACAGGCCAUGGAGAGCAGGACAGUCUGAUCGAUGUUGCCGGGGCGGCAGAACAGUUGAACUGCUUCUCGAAAGACUGCUCAUCGUCCAAGACGUCAAAAGAUUUUAGUGAUUGGCAUCCCGUCAUCUUGACAGAUUGUUUCGCUCACAUCAAACUUCUUGCUGCCAGUGGCUUGGAUGAGUUGGAAGAAAUUCCAGUAGUUACCAGAUGCAGCUGCUGCUUCCAGCUCAUUAGCACGCUCCUACCACCAGGCUUCUCGGUCCUUACACAAGCUUUGCCCAGUUUUUUUCGGUGGGAUGUUAGCUAGCCUUGAACCUAUCCCGGUUUGAUAUUCAUUUGCAACAGAAACUGCAACCAAUUUGCUGACAUCGAUCCUUUUAGGACGAUGAAUUUGUUGGCCACUGUAAAGCAAGUUAAGAUUAGAUAAACAAGGACAUGAUCAGAGUCCAAAAGGAGCGACAGCCUUGUACACAGCCACUCCAGCGUUAGCUGAUCGCGAUGUGAUCAGUCUGUGUCCAGGUUUGAGAUGCUGAAGGAGGACGCCAGGUGGCACAUCGGAGAUGACUGUGCCACUAGUUAGUGCUGGCCAGAAACAGGUUGUGGUCUGCGCACAGUUGCAGUAGACAGUCCUUGUUAUCUGACCUGCGACCGACAAGUCCCCAUCGGCCCACUUCACGAAUUUUUUUAUUUCCUGCUUAGAAAAACUGCGUCGGCUCUGUGUUUAUAUAUUAUGUUUGUAAGUCCGUAAUAAUUUUCUCUUACAGAUCUAGUAGAUUCUCUAGUCGUCUCCCUUUUACCUGAUAACUUAAUGGAAUUAGGUCUAGGUGAUGCAGUUCUUGACAUCCCAUAAAAUACUGGCUUUUCUAAUCAGCUGUAAAAUAGACAACCCUGGCUAAAUUAACUUAAGAUUACCAUUUCAGACAAAAUUUACUCAUAGUCUUUGAGAUUAUUGAUCGAGUCACAUCUUAUGGGGAAUUGUCUCUGGAUUGGAAGUCUUCAGUAGUGUCUAUCAGGGUUUACUAAUAUCCCCAUUUCGAAAUUGCGUAAGGCGUUAUCUUUGUCAUUUGCAGUAGUCAAUAUUGUGUAAGAUUUUGCGUUAUUUUGUCGAAAUAUUAUGGUCUUUUAAAUGAUUCUCUUUUUUGACAUAAUUGCAAUUGAAAUUUAUACCUAAUAUAAUAAUUUGUUAAGAAGGAAGGGAAAGUGUAAAUCAAUUUAACAGGAUGACCAACGAGUUCUCAAAUUUCUUGUUUGUUCGAAGCUGUCUAUAGUUAACUCACCGGGAGAGAGUGUACUUCUCUGAUACUUGUUUAUUCACUCUCUUAUAGAAAGAAUAGCUGACUGUCAAGGUUACUUCUCACUUCAUCAUAUUGUAAUGAUCGAUAACUCAGAUGCGGCACACCAAUUUAUUUUUAAAUGCAAAAUCACUCAGUGGCUUAGUACAAUUUGAAAAUCACACAUUUGUCCAUCUUUGCGUUGUCUUUUGCGUAAUCAAUUAUUCCUUUAAUUUUGUUGUCAUUUUGAUUACUCUGCGAUUUUCUUCCUGUUAUCUUCAUUUCGAUUCUCUGUUGCCAGGCAUUACAUUUCCGACUGGUGCUACGUACUACUUACGUCUGUCAGCAUAAGUAACAUACACCACAACGUCAUAGUGUAAUUCACUUUUUUUAAAAGGUGCAUAAAGAUAUAUAAAUUGGUUCCAAUAUAAUUAUGAUGCAGUUCUGUCGAGGAAGUGCUUUAUAUGUAUUUUGUCUAAACAUACUUUGCGUGUAAUUAUUUGAAAGACGGUAAACCUUCCGAUGUAGGCUCUGAAGAACGGACUACUUUAAAUAAAGUAAUGGUGUUGUGUGAAGUUAUCAACAGUUAAUAAACAAGCUUUCUAAUCUUAAAAAAUUUAACUAACUAUAAAUUAUCUUCGCCACAAGUCGGAGUUUACACCUAAACGAAAUCUGUGCCAACGUUGAGUCGAAACUGAAAGUGCGAUGAUCGUGCGCAAUAUCUGAACUAGAAUAUUUUAGAUUACUGAUUACAACUUACAGUAGUAUACUAAGUGCAAAUUGAAAUGAUCUUGAACAAAGACAAUUUCCAUAAACCAGUACACUUAAUCACAAAACAACAAAUUUGUUGUAAGUUGGAUUCUUUCUAUUGACAGUUUAAUAACAAGCGUAGUUUUACAAGCAAAACCAACCGGUUCAUAUAAUUGUGCGUGCAUAUUAACUUGAUUGUACAGAUAUUUUCUAUUCGUCCUUAACUCAAUACUCAUCUGUUAUGUACAUGGAUUAUCCAAAAUAUGCUAAUGUACGAUGUCCAUCCAUAUUAUAAGCUUUCAAAAACUAGUUUUAAAAUCACUGCCCCAUUGUUGAAUAAGUACUGAAAAUAGUAUAUUAGUUCUCCGCCUGGAUAAACGAUAAUCUUAAAAGGUUUUGCUGAUUAUCUAGUUCUAUUUAUAAAAAUUAUGUUCCAUAAGUUGGAUCGUUCAUGUAGUUCAAAAGUCUUUAGUAUUGUACAGAUCAUAGUUUUAUUAUUUCAUGUGAUAAAAAGUAUGUCGGGAGAUGAUUAAAGUUAUUUUACUGAAUACUAUGUUGAAGUUAGACGCCGUAUGCUUGUUUUAUAAUUAAAUAAAUAUACCUUUCGACGCUGGACUAGCUGUAUUUCUUGGCUGUAAAGCAGCAUUCAGUUUCGUAGAUCGUCAGGUUUCAUGACAGUAUAUUAUUGAAAGUACAUGAAUCUUGUAAAGACUCUACUUGAAAAUUACCACUCGAGUCAGAGCUUAUGAUGAACCGUUAUAAUAAAUGAUAGCAUCACUCAUUUGUCGUCAUGGUCUUCCAUUAUAUACAUUAUGUCCAUUCUUUUAGAAUUAAAGCUUUUGAGAAGUUAAUCUCCUACCUGGAAAUACACUUAGUGACGCAGAUCACACAUCUCUGUUAAGUGAAGGCCGGUCUGCAUAACGCUGGAUCUAAUGAUAGGAAAUGACCUUCUGCUGCCAGGUUUUCACUUCCGAUCGGUGGUACAUACAGCUUAAUGUUGUCUACAUUAGUGGCAUACAUCAUAGUUGGGUCAGUUUAUUACAAGCGAAAUUUGACAAGGGACCUGUUUAAUAGGAUUGAUCAUAUCUGUACAAACUAUACUACUGAAGACAAAGUGUGGUCACUGAACAAAAAAUUGGUGAAGAGUUAUAAAAUUUCUAAAUCAAUGGAAGGGUCACGUUGUGGUGAGAUUUAGUACACUUUUAGUAUCGAAAAAGCAUGCCUUCAUCACCCUAUUAUUCAAGUGUGAGUGAAAUUGUCUUGUGUAUAAACGAUGAUUCAUAUCAGGUGUUACUAUAACGUACUAUACAGCUAAUGUGAUUAAUAAUGAAGAAACAAUCCUCAUGCUUUGCCGAAAACGCCCGAAGUCCUUCUGGGACUACUGCCGGCCCCGAGCACAGAUAAAGGAGGAGGGUUGGGCAUGAAGUUUUCUGUAAACCUUUAGUUGAAAUACAAUGUUUCCAUCGUUAUUCUAUCUUAAAAAAUAAAGACCUGUGAUCAGAAAUAUCUAUGUUGCAAAGAAAAGGUCUCGUAAUAAUCUUGUAGAACUGAAGAAUUUUCAAAUUAAAUAUACAAUAUAAAUACAUGCUAUUUCCAACAGUCAUAAUAUUCCUAUAACUAAAAUAAAAAUAAUCCAGAAAAUCUUCCUGUGAAAAAGGGUGAGUUAGUAUUGUAGUGAACGUGAACGCAAGUGACGACAACCAAACGUCUUGCAACACAGAAUUACAGAAUCCCUUAAUAAAAUUUGAGAACCAUACAGAAAAUCUUUCAUUUGAUAAGAUAUCUAUGAAACGUAUCAAAUUUGACUGGCUCAACUUUCGUUUUUUUCUCUUCAAUUUUGCCAACUUUCUGCCACCAGGCAUUCCACUUUCGAUUGAUGGUAUGUACUACUUAUAUCUGUCGACAUCAGUAGCACACACCACAAUGUAAUCACGAUAUUCU